CAAUAGGAGACGCUGCCCCUUUAAGAAACUAGCCGCCCGAAGCGUCAGCCGACAAAUAAAUAUUUCAGCCCAGGGGGAGGAGGAAGAGCCGCGCCUCCCCUUUAAGAGCCGAGCCGCUGAUCAAUGCGGGCGGACGAGACCAUUGACGCGCGGAGGAAGGGGGGUGGCUUUUUGUGCGGUGCAUGGAGACGCCGCAGUAAUCCGUUCUACUUGCUGCCGAUAGUGGUUGGUGCGGGGCAAACGGGCGAGCAGAGCGGGGCAGACGGGCGGGCUCUCACCCUGUGCGGGCAGCUGGUGGUUUAAGAGCCGCUUUCCCUCCCCGGCUGCCCCUUCCUCGUGGCUCUCCGUUACACAAUGCUCGCCCUCCAUUUUGCAGUCGCUCCCCCCUCCCUUGUUUAUCUUUAGUUCAGUCCAUAUCUGCAGGAGAGGGGAAAAAAAAGAAAAGAAAAAGAAAAAAAGAUACAAUGUUGCAAAACGUCGCUACUUUGUUGCUGCAGCAGAUCCCGGGCACCUAGCGCCCAGGUUAUUGUUUGUUUUUUUCCCCAUCUGGAAUUGUUUUAUUUAUUCUUUUAUUGCAGAGGGGGGGUUGGGAAGCGGCAGGGUGAAAGGUCACAGUCGAUGCCAUAUUUUGGAUAGUAAAUAAUGCACGACUAAAAUCUCCAAGGGGAGGAGGGAAGAGCGAAAAAAUUUUUUGGGGGGAAAAAGAGGGAGAGAGAAAAAGUCCCAUCCUUGCAGGGCUUUCCAUCCUGCUGUGUGCGGGGAGGGGGUGGAGGCCGCGGGAGGGAGGGGGCGAUGACGUCACCGCAGCCCUGAUCAUUCUUUAUUCAAUGCUGUGUGUAUUUUAUAGGGUUUUUUUUUUUUUUUUUCCCUUUUGAAUCAAGAGGAAAAAGCAGCCUUUAGGGGGCACUGAUCUGCCAGAGAGACAGAGAGAAAGCAGACAAGGCACAGGAGGGAGGGGGAGUCCUCAGCCAGGGAGAGGGGGGAGAGCGAGCAGGACACACAAUAUUUAUAUAUAUAUAAAAAAAAGAGAUUUUAUUUUUUUUCUGCAAAAUGGAUGCAAACUGGACCAGCUUUAUAUUCCAGACCCCUCCUCCACCCCCGGCUGAACCCCUACAAGUUGAGCUUUUACCUGUACUUGCAACUGUUACUGCACCGCCAGAUGGGUCCCUCACCUCGCAAACCAUGGUGCACACUAUGGCACCCCAACACCCUUCCACAGUCGACACAGCUGCCCUCAAGCAAGUGGUGCCAGGUCUGUCCAUCCAACAGCAGAUGGUGUCGACCCCAGUUACAUCUCAGACUUCCCAGGUCUCCACUGGUCUCCCUUUACAUCCAGUCAUGGAACUUCCCAAGAAGUCUAAGAGUCGAGGCCCCUACAUAUGUUCCUUGUGCUCAAAAGAGUUUAAGAAUGGCUAUAAUCUACGAAGACAUGAAGCCAUCCACACGGGCACGAAACCUGCUCGAGCGCAGCCGGCGGUCAAAAUGCCAACGAUGGUACCCCUCAGUUUGCUUAGCGUUGCCGGAACUGUUGUGACCGGUGCAGAAACCCUAGAGGUUCCUACGUCUCCCUCCACGCUGCCUCUACCCGGGCCGUCACCUACAGCUAAAAAGGUGCGGAAAAACCAUGCCUGUGAGAUGUGUGGAAAAGCUUUUCGGGAUGUUUACCACCUGAACCGUCACAAGUUGUCACACUCCGAUGAGAAGCCUUACUCCUGCCAUGUGUGUCAACAACGCUUUAAGCGCAAGGACCGAAUGACGUACCACGUCCGCUCCCAUGACGGGACCGUGCACAAGCCCUACAUAUGUAGCCACUGUGGAAAAGGAUUCUCCCGUCCGGAUCAUUUGAACAGUCACGUCAGACAGGUUCACUCUACAGAGCGUCCCUUUAAAUGCCAGACCUGUGAAGCAGCGUUCGCUACGAAAGACCGACUAAGGGCUCAUAUGGUGCGACACGAGGAGAAGGUUCCUUGUCAUGUGUGUGGGAAGCUGCUCAGUGCUGCCUACAUCACCGACCACAUGAAGGUCCACAACCAGGGUCCCAACCAUGUGUGUGAACUGUGUAACAAAGGAACCUGCCAAGUCUGCCCUCUUGCGGAUCCGACGGCCGCUGUAACUGCUGUGCUUCCGAACGCUGCUGUUCCUGGCAUGAUGUCCACACAGCCCUGGUGACUGGCACUCCUGGAGGGGGGUGCAGACAACGAUUCCGCUCUCUUCUGAUGUGCUUGUGUACAGUGUUUGGGGGUCUGUAGCUCCCCCAUCUCAGACACACAUAUUUGGAAGAGUGGUUGCUUGUAACCCUCCUCCCACCUUCUGUCCUCCAGGCUAUAAAAACCAUGAGGCUAAUAAGAAGGUGACCAGGUAUCUAGGAAUUGACAACCUUACUGACAGCUUGGCCCCCAAGGAUGACUUUCGAGUACCCUCUUACCCCAAGUUCACUGCUAGCCAUUGUUCAAGUUGGCACCAGCUUGAAGGCUGAUUUGUACACUACACACCCCGUGUCCUUGCAAGAAGAGUGUCAUGUUUGUAAGACUUAAUGUUCCUUGUGACUUUCCAUGCCCUCCAUGAGCAGAGGACCUGGCAUGGAGUUCAUGUAAUAACGCCUUGCACUGAAACCAAUGACCGAGCAGGUACUGAUGGCUGUUAACCAGCUGCGAGCUUGCACCUGGCUGGGAAAUGCAAGGAUGGUGAGAUGGUCAGUACAGACAAGACUAUGCUCUGCAGGGAUAUCAGAAAGGAGCAAUGAUCUGCAGGUGGCACUGACAGGCUGAUAGGCUGCUCUUGUUAAUAAUUAGUAUUUCUUGACACUAGUUGUGUGAAUUCUUAUAUUUUUCCAGUGAAACAUCGGGAGGUUGUGGCACAAGCCCUUAGUUAUGGGAGAUGAAGGCUGGAACAGAAGAGGUCACUGCGAGGAAGGUGGAUUGGUGUAGUGGUACAACGAGCGUAGGUCCAGAAGAAGUGGAGCAUGACGGUGCGAGUCAGAUGCAGGUCUUCUGGGCCGCAGAGGGAGGUGGAGUUAUGGGACAUGGACUAUGCUGACCGCAGUAGGAGGAGAUGGUAGACCUCUUCUCUCUAGACAGGUUUCCCUAAUAUCUCAUUGCCCUUGAUUGCAAUAAGUUAAUCCCACCAUUACCUGUGCCACAUGUGGCCAGAAUCGGGCCUUGUUGGGGACAGCUCUGGCCUAUUUUACGGGCAGCCCUGACAACCAUUCUGUGGAGAACAUCAACGGGAUGUGCAUCCUCUGUGCCAGAGGUGUAGCUAUAGGGGGUGCAGAGGUAGCAGUGUCUACCGGGCCCAGGAGCUUGAGGGGGCCCACCACAUAAGACACCGGUAUUAUAGAAAGUGCAUGCUGGUCAAG